GACACUUGUUGGAUGUGAGUAGGUUUGGAUACUCCAAUAGAAAACCAGGCGCAACAGUAACCUUUGCAUUUUGUAAAAUAAUAAAGUCAGACAUUUUCUAAUCUAGCCUAUAGGCUCUCAUAUCACGCAUGCACACACGGGAUGCAAACGCUGGAGGAACUUAUCUUUUGGACUGAAUGCGUUGGAUCUCAAACAUCUCGAGGACAAUGAUUAUCUGUCAACAUUCUAGAAUAUACAUGGAAGAAAAUGGUGAUUGAACAUUUUAGAAACUACAGACUAAGUGCAGUAAAAUUUUAUUGUGGGAAUAAUCGAAAUGUAAUUGACGACAAUGAUUAUCUACAUUGAACUCAAGUAGCCUAAUGAGCGCACGAUUUUUGGAAGGGGAAAAGAAACCAACGUUGCCUACAUUUGAAACCUUCCAUACACUUCCUCUUUUAUCUGUGUGCACCUCCUCCCCACGCCACACCUGCUGUUGGAUUGAUUCUACGCCACAGCCAGAGAGGCGAGAGCUAAACCACAGUGAGCACCACUCCCACCUGUAAGAGUUUCUCCGCACCGAGGGCUUGAAGAUGAAGAAGCAAAAUGUGCGGACCCUGUCUCUUAUCCUCUGCAUGUUCUCCUACCUGCUGGUGGGCGCUGCGGUGUUCGACGCACUGGAAUCCGAGACGGAGAGCUCCCGCCGACGCAUCCUUGAGCUGAAGCGCACUGAGAUGAAGAAGAAAUACCGCUUCUCCGAGGACGACUACCGGGAGAUCGAGCGGGUGGUGCUGCAAGCGGAGCCCCACCGCGCCGGGAGACAGUGGAAAUUCGCCGGGUCUUUUUACUUUGCCAUCACGGUCAUCACCACCAUUGGCUAUGGCCAUGCAGCUCCAGGCACAGAUUCAGGGAAGGUCUUUUGCAUGUUCUAUGCUGUGCUGGGCAUCCCGCUCACCCUGGUCAUGUUCCAGAGCCUGGGCGAGAGGAUGAACACGUUUGUCUGCAAUCUCCUGCGCAGGGCCAAGCAGUGCCUAGGGUUACGGAGGACUGAGGUGUCCAUGGAGAACAUGGUCUUGGUGGGCUUCCUGUCCUGCAUAGGCACCCUGUGUGUUGGGGCAGCAGCCUUCUCCCACUAUGAGGCCUGGACCUUCUUCCAUGCCUACUACUACUGCUUUAUCACGCUCACCACCAUUGGGUUUGGGGACUUUGUGGCCCUGCAGAAGAAGGAGGACCUCCAGGAGAAGACGCCCUAUGUGGCCUUCAGCUUCAUGUACAUCCUGGUUGGACUGACAGUGAUAGGAGCCUUCCUCAACCUGGUAGUGCUGCGCUUCCUCACCAUGAACACAGAGGAUGAGAGGAGGGACGCCCAGGAGAGGGCCUCCAUCAAGAGAGAGAGGGGCCUGCUGACCAUGGGGCUCCAUGGAGGAGGACCAGGACAGGGCAGAGGAGUGCUUAGGAUCAGGGAGAGGGACAGGAUGGGGCAGAGCCGCAGUCACAUCAAUCUUUUCCUGCCCAUGGAGGAGGGCACUAGCCGCACCAACCUCAUCUCCUCUCCAGCAGAGGAGCAGGAGGAUAGGGACAGGGGUGCCCCCUGCAGGCAGAGGCUGCAUUUACAGCUGCAUGGCACUGGCAGACGAAGGCUUGAGUCUCCCCUGGGCUCCUUGUGUUCCUGUAUGUGCUACCAUCUGGAGGUGUGUGAGAGCCCCCUGCCUUCCCACAGGGAGCACCCUGGGUGCAACAUGAACUCGGUCUACUACAACUCCAUCUCUUACAGGAUCCAGAGCUUGAGCCCCAGAGACAACACAGGACUCUCGUCCCCAGGCAGCACACUCUCGCUUGGGCACAACUUCAGGGAGUACCCCUGCUGCCGGAGGAAGUCAGUGUAGCACCACGUGGGACAGAAUAUUUGUUUGUAACGGUUGGAUUAAUAAAGUAUUUUAUACAUAUUUUAAUACACUACAUAGGCAAGGUGUUGUAGAACACUGUAGAUGCACACACUUGAUUAGAAAUAAAUUGGUGUAAAGUAUUGGCAGAGGCAAGAUAAUCUGUUUUAUAACAGGAAUUUUAGAACCUAUUUUCCCUAAUCAAAUGAUUACAAUGCUGUAGUUAUACAGGAUGAAUUUAAGUUGUUUUUGCAUUAUAGCCGCUGGAGAUGUAUCUUGUGAAUCAAUUCACUUACUAUUGUAAUACUCUGUGAGUUGCUUGUUUUUCCCCCAAUAUUUUUCCCUCCUGGAUUGUUUAUUAGUAUUAUUAUCUGCAUUAUAGAUUUGUUUUGCAUGCAAAUAAUAGUGGAGAUGCAUGAUUGAGAUGAUACACGGCAUGAUAAUUAUAUUAACAAAAAUGUAAUGAUGCAAAUGACUAUCACUAUAGAUAUUUGGGCAUUAUGAUUGUUUUUUAAGUACACACACACACACACACACACACACACACACACACACACACACACACACACACACACACACACACACACACACACACACACACACACACACACACACACACACACGAGUAAAGCAGGUCCUCAGCGUGAUGGUUGCUGCGGAUUCUGUGGAAAGUACUUCAUAUUGCAUGCCUUUAAUGGAAUUAUGUUUUAAUGAGGACAUUAAUAGAUAGGAACGUGAAUAUGGUAGCAAUGGCCUUUAAUUAACCAUAUCAAUGACAUAUAUAAAUCAUCAUAUUACUUGUCCUUAUAGCAGGAGGUUAAAAACAACCCUGCAUACAUUUUCCUGUACUAAUGCACAACACAUGCACAGAGACAGU